GCUGUACAACUUCUGAGACAGAUGCGCAAUUUUCCACCUCGAUGCUGCCACCAUCUGUUGUCUGCUGACCAGACCUCACCGGACAGUAUCCUGCUUCACCUUUCCACCAGACCCUAUCCUUACACCGAUUUUCCAAGCAUGCAAUAUCCCAUCAUCUCAUGAGCCAGAAGCCAGCAGAAGCAGUCACCGUGUGAACCUGCACAAAGGCAGCAGAGAGCCUAAUGCUGCUUUUCCUCCAGCGCAGUGGAUGCAUUGUCAUCAUUCCAUAUUCCUCCAAUCUUCACAAGCUAAUCAGUAGGCAUGCCUUAAAGCUCGUCUGCCUAUUUGAGCUUAUAAAAUAUUAAUUUGCUACGUAGCUAUUUCUCCUGAAAUUGCACUUAGUUCUCUAAAAGUGCUGGAGGGGAGUAGCAGAAGUGACUAGAUCCUCACAGAUCUCAUUCCUUGCUUUCUUACCUAAAAUCCCAGGCUUCUCCCAGCACAGAAUAUGACAAAUAAUAUGAAUACUUUGAGUGUGGGAGAAUACACUUAACUCAGUCAUUUCAAAAUACAACAAGACAGGAUGGAUACAAGGCCUCAUGUGGCUGGAUCAUGACAUUUCAAAAGCAAACAAGCCCGAUCUUUAUUUCUUUAGAGUUCUUGGUAAUGAGACAUCAAAACAUUGUUUCCUAUAGCAAUGGAGAAUGGAGAGAGAUUUUUAAACAAUUUUGUGGUUCCUGUUGGCUCUCUGGUAACUGGGCUCAAAACUGGACCUUUGAAAACAACUCUCCUAAUACUACGAAAAGAAAAAGCUUCCUAGUCCCAACACUCAAUGUUUCCUCUGAAACAAGAGAGCUGAAAAGUUCAUCACCAUGUGCUCAGUGCAUUCAUCGGGGCUUGAUCUGUAAGAUAUUUUUAAUCUGGCAAAGCAGGUGUUUUAACCCAUUUUGUUCAAACACUCUCCUCCUCACCCUCUUUUUCAGUCUGUGUCCCAAGGUUUGGCUCUGCUGCUCUUCCCAGUUGCCUUCCACUCCCUCAAGACCUGAAGGCUAGAGGAAGUUGCAAACUGCAGCAACACAUCCCUGAGAUCCUUCAGGGCUGAACGAUGCUUUUAAAUCCUGAGACACUAAGUGCUCAUCUCCAGUAACACCGGGCUCUGCUAGCACAGGGCAGCUGUGGUGCUGUUGACGCAUCGGCUUGGCUUACAGCCCUUUUUCAUUAGGGGAAGAGACUGCUCUCAACAGGCAGGGAGGGAAAACAAGAGCAGGAGAGCUGGAAUCAGUCAGGCAACUGUAAAAAAAAAAAAAAAACAGGGUCCUAAUGAGUGAAUCGCUUCCCUCUCGUUGGAGCAGCUCUGAGCACUGCUUUGCUCCCUGCAUCCCCCCUGCACAAAGCCCCGGCGGAGAAGCAGCAGAGCACCCUGUAAGUGACACCAGCCUAAUUAAUUAAUUAAUGACUCCUGUCUCUGUGGCUGCUGGGCUGGGAAGGAAGGCAGCAAAGAACGGCCAGGACAGCACGUGACAGCUUCUGGUAAAUGCUGAACGCCGCUGAGAGCCGGCUCAGUUAUUCAUCACCUCUCCUGCUUUGGGCUACAACAGCACCAGGGAGGGAAGAUGGCGUGGGAUCCACCCUUACAGCAUCCUUUCUUCUGGAUGAAGCCUUCUUCCCUCUUCUUGUCGUGCUCCAGAGCUGCCAUGGCACAGUUAAUCGAGGCCACCACAGAACCCCCCAAAAAGAAGCCGGACCCUGUCACUUCGGAGACGGUGGUGAUCUGGGGGCUGCGCCUCUGGCAGGUGAUUGGUAUCUUUGCCAUCUUUGUCCUGGCAGUCAUUAUUACCCUGUGCUGUAUCUUCAAGUGCCGGAUUCCCCGGACAAAGAAAGAGAUCGAGGCACGAUAUGCUCAACGGCAAGCAGCCAAGACGUAUGCAGACAAACUGGAGACAGUGCCACCACUCAAUGAGCUGACAGAGAUCCCUGGAGCUCAGGUGGCAGAAGAAAAAAAAGAAGACGUUCCCACUGUAUCUGGAAAAGUGGACAAGGCUCAGGGUAAGAAAGAAGGAUCCAAAGGCUUCAAGAAGAAGGAUGGUGAAAAGGACCAGAAAGAAGGAUCCAAGAAAGAGGGGAAAGAUGCCAAAAAGAAAGAAGGAGAAAAGGGAGAAAAGGAGAAAAGGGAGAAAAAGGAGAAAAGGGCAGCAAUGACAAGAAACAAGGUGGUGGAAAGAAGGUGAAAAAGAAGGUGAUGCAGCAAAAUCUGGAGGAAACACCAAAACGAAUGGCAAAGCUGGUGGGAAUGCCAAAGCCCCAGCAAAGAAGAAGUGACCCCGCUAAAGGUGGUGGUAGCAGUCCUCUAGGGAGGGCACAUUCAAAUACUUGUGGGGAGCUGAUGGUACAUGUUGCAUCCAUGCAUUCAGGCUGUUGAGUGCCACUAGAUGUAUGGAUUUAUUACUUUUUGAAGACCAAGUCACUGACUUUUUGUCCAUUAAAGGGGAGUCUGGCCAUUUGGCUAGACAGUGGCUUGUAAAAAAAAAAAAAUGCAAUGUGCAGAGCUAUGUGAGAAUAGCAACUGGAACCAAAGUGCAGCCUGAAGUAAGAAGCAGAUAUUUGGACAAGCAUGGAACUGCAUGAAGAUUUGCAUUCCUUAAACUAAUGGGAGGACAUGAUUCAUUUAAAAUAUGUUCUUCUUGAAGGCCUAAAGGCUUUUGAUAAACAUUAACUAGCACUCAUCUCCUCCUAAAUAGGAUUUGCACAUGGGUAAUUUUAGGCAUUAAGUAAAUUCUGCUUGUUAAAACCCAAAGAAUGGGGGUUUUUAAGUCAUAGCUCAUAUGAUUUCUGAGAGUUGGCUUGGACACAUGGGAGAAAGCUUUCCUUCCUUCUCUGAUGACUCUUUCUCUGAACUGCUGAAGGAAAUACUUCCUUAGACACAGAACUGCAUAUUUCCCAGAAGAUU